AUGCUUAACAGCUUUGAAGGUGGCUAUAACCUGUCGGCGUCCGAUCAAUGCUCCGUCCUUUCCGACGGUACCGGCAGCCAGUGCACCUCAUUCAACUUUGACACUUAUGCAACUAAGUGGUACAACCCAGGGCAACUUCCCUCGGGAUUUCCGGGAACAGCGUCUCUCUCAGAAACCACCGCCGGGGGAAGUCUGACAAGUGCGCCAGAACCGUACACAUUUUCGCUCUUUCCAGCUUAUACCUCCGUCAUUACCCCGGCCCCAUAUAAUGCGAAAGCUGUCACUGCGACAAACACGGGAACUGCCGUUGAGACCGCUACCGGAACCGCGACUACAGGGAAAGGCUCUGCGAGCUCUGCGACGCCUAGCAAGGGUGCUGCAAGGAGUCUUGCAUCUCCUAUUAGCUUCAACUUUGGUGUCUGGAGUCAAGCUGUAUAUAUGAUUGCCUCUGCAUUUUUGUUGGGUGUAGCAUUGGUCCUGUAG